AUGCUAUCGUCGAAACGAUUAAUCUGUCUAUCAUUAUUGGUAGUAUAUUCCUUUGCAUUUACAGAUUAUUUGUUGAAAAAAUGUGGCGAAUCAGGGUUUUGUAAUAGAAAUCGAUUUUAUUCAAAUAAUAUCCUGAAUUCGAAAAACAAUUAUUAUUCGUUAGACGAAACAUCGUUAAAUUUUGAUUCAAAUUCAAAUAUCUUAUAUGCAAAUGUAAUUAAAACAAUACCUUCACAUCAAAUUACAACAGAUAAUGAUACCAUCUCACAUUCCAAUGAAGAAUUGAAAAUUACUCUGCCGAUUACCAUAAGCAUGCUAGAUUCAGCUGUAAGGUUUACCAUGGAUGAGGCAAGAUCAGAAAGACAUGACGUGUUGGAAGAUUUCUCAUCAGACCUUUUAUCAAUUCAACGUUAUAAUGAAACUUCAAAUUGGUCAUUUGAUCCUAAAAAUAAUAUCCCAAUCGAAAAAUUUUUAAAAUUUAAUCAAUUGAAAAACAUUGUAGAAAUUUCUAAUGAAGAUGAAUCCAUUAAAUUAAAUGUUUAUCAAGAUCAAUUCAAAAUUGAAAUUUUUUACAAGGGCAAAUUGGCUAUGGUUUUAAAUGAUCGUUUAUUCUUAAACGUCGAACAUUUGAGAAAUGAAGAUGAUAACGAUUUAAAUCUAUUACCUGAAGAAUCUUCUUUUAAUUCAUUCGAAGAUAAUUUCCAAUAUUCUAAAGAUGAUACAUUACCAUUUGGACCCGAAUCGGUUGCUCUAGAUUUCACUCUAAUAGACUCUACUCAUGUAUAUGGUAUUCCAGAACAUGCUGAUUCAUUAUUAUUAAAGGACACUUCAGGUUCAGAACCAUAUCGUCUCUAUAACGUUGAUGUUUUUGAAUAUAAUUUAGAUUCUAAAAUGCCAAUGUAUGGUGCCAUUCCUUUAUUAAUUGGCCUUCAUAAUGACGAUACUCAUCAAGAUAAUCAAUUUGUUUCUGGUGUAUUUUGGAAUAAUGCUGCUGAUACUUGGAUUGAUAUAAAUUAUAAUAACGAUUUACAAAAUACAAAGACUCAUUGGAUGUCAGAAUCUGGUAUCAUUGAUACCAUUAUUUUUUUCACAAACUCUCCAUUAGAAUUGUCUAAAAAAUUUACAGAUUUAACUGGGAAACCAGCUUUACCUUUAUUAUCUUCUAUUGGUUAUCAUCAAUGUAGAUGGAAUUAUAAUGAUGAAUUAGAUGUUUUAACUGUAGAUUCAGAAAUGGAUCGUAACCAUAUACCGUAUGAUUUCAUUUGGUUAGAUUUGGAAUAUACUGAUGAUAGAAAAUAUUUCACUUGGAAACCAAACUCCUUCCCCAAUCCUAAAAGAUUAUUACAAAAAUUGCAAAGAUUGGGUAGAAAUUUAGUGGUCUUAAUUGAUCCUCAUAUUAAAAAUGAUUAUCCAAUUAGUAAUGAAAUGAUUGUAAAUGAUGUUGCGGUGAAAAAUCAUAAAGGAACUCCUUUCAUUGGUAUUUGUUGGCCAGGAAAAUCUCUUUGGAUUGAUACUUUUAAUCAAUUGGGUCAAAAAAUUUGGAAUGAAUUUUUCCAAAAAUUUCUUUAUGAAAACGUCAAUAAUUUAUUUAUUUGGAAUGAUAUGAAUGAGCCUUCUAUAUUUGAUGGUCCAGAAACAUCUGCCCCCAAAGAUCUUAUUCAUUCUGGUGGGUUUGAAGAAAGGUCUGUCCAUAACGUCUAUGGUUUAACAGUUCAUGAAUCCACUUAUGAAUCUGUUAAACAAAUUUAUUCUAAAUCUGAUAGAAGACCGUUUAUCUUAACAAGAUCAUUUUUUGCUGGGUCUCAAAGAACUGCAGCUGUUUGGACUGGUGAUAAUGUUGCCACAUGGGAUUAUUUAAGAAUGUCUAUCCCCAUGAUGUUGACUAAUGGUAUUGCUGGGUUCCCCUUCAUUGGUUCAGAUGUAGCAGGAUUUUCAGGAGAUCCAGAAAUGGAAUUAAUUGCUCGUUGGUAUCAAGCAGGUAUGUGGUACCCCUUCUUUAGAGCUCAUGCUCAUAUUGAUUCUAAAAGACGUGAACCAUAUCUAUUUAAUGAACCUCUUAAGAGUAUCGUAAGAGAUAUCAUCCAAUUGAGAUAUAAAUUGUUACCUACACUGUAUACAUUAUUUCAUGAAUCAAGUGUCAAAGGUGUACCUAUCGUUACACCAAUGUUCUAUAAUAAGCCUCAGUAUAAAGAAUUGUAUUCUAUUGAUGAUCAAUUCUACAUGGGAGAUUCAGGGAUUUUAGUCAAGCCUAUUGUUGAGAAAAAGGUUGAACAAACUGAAAUGAUCUUUACGCCUGGUAUUUAUUAUGAGUAUUAUAGUUUAACACCAAUGAUAAUUGAUGAAUUGAAAUGGGAAACUAUUAUUACACCUCUUAAUAGAUUGCCAUUUUUCAUUGAAGGUGGACAUAUUAUAACUACGAGGGAUAAAUAUAGAAGAUCCUCAUUAUUGAUGCAGAAUGAUCCAUUUAGCUUAAUUGUAGCACCUUCUAUGAAUGGUGCUGCACAAGGUAAGAUUUAUUUGGAUGAUGGUAAUACUUUUGAAUAUUUGACUGAAGAAUAUUUAGAUUUUGAAUUUGAAAUGAUUAAUGGUAAUAAAAUUAUUGGUAAAUUGAACCAUCUACCAAAGAAUUUGGAAAAAAUUGGCAACCUUUCUAUCAACAAGAUCAUUAUUGCCAAGGGUCAAUUAGCAUUUAAUCAAGAAACUGUUACUAUUAAACAAAAUGAUUCUACAUUUACUUGUGCAAUUAUAAAUGAAGAAAACAGAUUAGUGAUUUUAAAUCCAGGUAUCAAUUUAAUCAAUGACUGGGAAAUUAUAUUUUAA